UAAUCACAGUCCUAAGAGAGAUGCUGUGCACAUCAGAGGAGAAAGUCCACCCGACGGAUGUCAGCAAAAUCCAAUUAGGAAAUCUGAUACAGACAAGUUUAUUCUCAAACAUUGAGAAGCACUGGUCGCUCGCCGCCUGGAUUAAAGACAACAUCAAGAAGAAAGAGUGUUGCUUCUAUGUGGAGGAUGCCAGGGAGGGGAUUUGUAAGUGUGGUUACCAAAAGAACCAGCACUGCGAUGAGGCCAUCAAACCGGAGGACUAUGUUGGGGAGCAGUGGCACAAACACAGGCACAUCAGAGAGACGCCCACCGAUGCUUUUGGAGAUAUCAGCUUUGGUGGACUUGGACAGAAAACCGGGAAGUAUGUCCGGGUGUCGUCGGACACGACCUGUGAGAGUCUGUACCAGCUGAUGACAGAACAGUGGAAACUGCGUUCGCCGAACCUGCUGAUUUCAGUGACCGGCGGAGCCAAAAACUUCUACAUGAAGAAUCACCUGAAGGACAAGUUUCGUCGGGGUCUCAUUAAAGUCGCCCAGACCACAGGUGCGUGGAUCCUGACAGGAGGAACACACGCAGGUGUGAUGAAGCACGUGGGCAUGGCCGUGAGAGAUUACUCACUCAGUAGUGGUUUGAUGGAGGGACAGAUCGUCGUCAUCGGUGUGGCACCCUGGGGAGUCAUUCACAACAGCGACACACUGAUCCAUCCUGAGGGCUGUUUCCCUGCACACUACUCUCUGGAUGAGCAGGGCCAGGACCGUCUCUCGUGUCUCGACAUCAAUCAUACUCACUUCCUUCUGGUGGAUGAUGGCACUCAUGGACAUUAUGGAACUGAGAUUGAGCUGCGGACCAAUCUGGAGGGACUUAUCUCUCAACAAUCACUGGGAAACAGAGAGAGUGGCGUGAAGAUACCGGUGGUCUGUGUGGUCUUGAAUGGUGGUCCAGGAACUCUAGACACGAUCUACAAUUCAAUGAUGAACAACACGCCGUGUGUCGUGCUUGAGGGAUCUGGACGCCUGGCUGAUGUCAUUGCUCAGGUGGCGGCCCUGCCGGUGUCAAAGGUCACUCUGGUCCUUAUCAGGAAGCUCUUGAAGAGGUUUUUUGGAAAAGAGUACAAAAGCUUUACUGAUCUGCAGGUCAAUGAGUGGACCAAGAAGAUUCAGGACAUUAUCCGGAUGCCUCGUCUGCUGACUGUGUUUCGUAUUGACGAGGAUAAAAACUAUGAUGUUGACGUUGCUAUUCUACAGGCUCUGCUAAAAGCCUCCAGAAGUGAUGAACAUGCUGGCCGCCGGUCCUGGGAGAGACAGCUGGAGCUCGCGGUGGCCUGGAACCGGGUCGACAUCGCAGAGAGUGAGAUCUUCACUGAGGAGAGCCAGUGGACGUCCUGUGAUCUGCAUCCGGCCAUGUUUUCUGCACUGGUGGGUGACAAACCUGAGUUUGUGCGGCUGUUGCUGGAGAAUGGAGUGUGUCUGCGUACGUUUCUGGAAGAAAAGGAGACCCUCUGUAAGCUCUACGCACACCUACCCGCCUGCUUCUUCCUGCGCAAGCUUGCAAAACGGGCCCAGGGUGUCAAAAACAUUUCCUUGAGGCACGUGUCUGAAGAAGUGCGCCACUUGCUGGGAAGUUUUACUCAACCGUUAUACGUCCCUUCACGCUACAAGAAAACCAAAGAUGAUGUCCGUUUAACGGUGCCGUCCAAAGACCCGCUGGAUCUGCCGUGUUCUGGUGAAGACCCGACCGCACUCACGUUUUGGGACCCGGGACGGGAUCUCUUCCUCUGGGCUGUUGUACAGAAUAACCGAGAGCUGGCAGAGAUCGGCUGGGAGCAGUGCAGAGACUGUAUCGCAGCCGCUCUGGCCGCCAGUAAGAUCUUGAGGAAACUGGCGCAGGAGAGCGGCGAGGAUGAUAACGAAGAGGCAAAAGAAAUGAGAGAACUGGCCAACCACUAUGAGAAACAAGCCAUCGGUGUCUUCAGUGAGUGUCACAGCUGGGACGCCCAGCGAGCGCAGAGACUCCUGAUCCGCAUCUCUCCGUUGUGGGGCAAAAGCACAUGUCUGUGGCUCGCUCUCGAGGCCGAUGAUAAAAGCUUCGUCGCUCACUCCGGAGUGCAGGCCCUGCUCACUCAGAUCUGGUUUGGAGAGCUGUCAGUGGAGAAUCCACACUGGAAGAUUCUCCUGUGCAUGAUCUUCUUUCCUCUGAUAUACACCGGCUUCCUGAUCUUCAGACGGGAUGAAGACAUCCAGAGACGGAAGCUGGCAGUGGAUCCAGUCUUAGCUGGAAGCCCAGAUGCCAAGAUCAAACGUCAUUUACGUGUUCCCGUACAGAAGUCUGACUCUGAGCUGAAGCCUCUGAACUGCUCGUCACGUCUGAUGAGUCUCUACACGUCUCCUCAAGUCAAGUUUUACUGGAACAUCGUCUCGUAUUUUGGCUUCCUGUGGCUCUUUGCUGUGGUGCUCAUGAUCGAUUUUCAGACAUUUCCGUCGUGGAGAGAACUUCUGCUCUAUGUGUGGCUCAUCUCGCUGGUGUGUGAGGAGGUUAGACAGCUCUAUCACGACUUCGAUGGGUCCGGCUUUCGGAGGAAAGCAAAGAUGUACAUCAGGGAUCUGUGGAACAUUCUGGAUGUGCUGUCAAUCAUGCUGUUCAUUUCUGGUCUGGUCUGCAGACUCCAAGCCAACGCCACUGUCUUGUACGUGGGUAAAGUUCUACUCUGCAUCGACUUCAUCAUAUUCUGUCUACGAUUAAUGGCCAUCUUCACUAUCAGUCGAACCCUGGGUCCGAAAAUAAUCAUUGUCAGGAGAAUGAUGAUGGAUUUGUUCUUCUUCAUGUUUCUGCUCAGUAUCUGGGUGGUGGCGUACGGCGUGGCGAAACAGAGCAUUAUGAUCGACAAUGAAGAGAGACUAAACUGGAUCGUCCGUGGAGCCGUCUAUGACCCCUACCUCAUCAUAUUUGGCAACUUCCCCACUAAUAUAGACAACACUCAGUUUGAUAAGAGCAGCUGCAGUGUGGACGCCACUGACCCUCUGAAGCCCAAAUGCCCCGUGCUGAACGGCGAUAACCUGCCGAUGUUCCCCGAAUGGCUGACCAUCAUCAUGCUGUGUGUCUAUCUGCUGUUCGCCAACAUUUUGCUGCUCAACCUCCUCAUCGCUAUCUUCAACUACACGUUCCAGGAGGUUCAAGACAACACGGACACCAUCUGGAAGUUCCAGCGUUACGAGUUGAUUAAGGAGUAUCACAGUCGACCUGCUCUUCCUCCACCCUUCAUCCUCCUCAGUCACCUCAUCCUCUUCAUCAGAGGAGCGUUGCAGCGGGACCCUUCAGAGAGACACAAGCACUUCAGGCAGGAACUAGAGCAGACCGAGGAAGAGGAGCUGUUGUCCUGGGAGGCUUUCAUGAAGGACAACUAUCUGGUAUCUACACGACAGGACGAGAGCCAGAGCGUGGAGCAUCGUAUCCAGGACACCGCAGAGAAGGUCGGAGCGAUGUCAGAACUUCUGGAGGGGGAGCAGGAGAUGGUUUCGACCACGAUGGCAAAACGACUUUCUAACCUUGAAGAGCAGGUCUCAGAGUCUGGCAAAGCUUUACGAUGGAUUAUAGAUGCGCUGAAAUCUCAGGGAUGCAAAUCCAAAAUGCAGCCGCCGCUAAUGAGUAAAAGCUCUGACAGGGACGACGGUGAAUCGAGUGGACAGGAGACAGAUGACGAAUCCGCCCCUCACACAUUCGCACGUCAGCUUGUGUAUCCCGGCAGUAACGUCGUCAAACGCUUUCCUGUGCCUGAGGAGAAGGUGCCCUGGGAGGUAAACUUCAGUCUGUACAAUCCCCCAGUUUACAAUCCACAGGACAGCAGCGACUCAGACACUUCAGUCUUAGACAAGUACAGGAAUCCAGAAGGAAGGACUGGGAUACGGGGAAAAGGGGCUCUGAAAUCCCUCGGCCCGAAUCACAUUCUCCACCCAAUCUUCACCAGGUGGCGUGAUGCUGAACACCAAGUGCUGGAGUUUCUCUCCGUUUCCGAGGAUGUAGAGAAGCCUGUGACUCUUCCUGGGGGCCCAGCCAAACCUGACGAGCCUCUUCCACAGACACUGGAGAGGAUUCUGGGUAAAAAGUUAAAUGACAAGACCAAGUCUGAACUAAAGGCUGGGGAACAGGUGUAUAGUGGUUAUGUAGAUGACAGCAGGAACACUGAUAAUGCCUGGGUGGAGGCCACCAUCAUCACACUUCACUGUGACAAACACACUCCGCUGAUGGAUGAGCUGAACCGCAUAGUUGAGAGCUCGGCAUCGUCUCAUCAGCCGCUCAAGUGGCGGGAAGUGAACAGCACCGCGUGUGUGUGUCCAUUCCAGCAAGAGGCUCUACGUGAUGUAGCAAAGCUUCACAAAAUGUAGUUUUGACCCUCAGGAAAACACACACAGUCUGGUUUG